CGACCGAUCAGCGACCAAACGACGACGACGACGCCGCGCCCCAGCGCCAUUCGUCAAGAUGUUGAUCUUCGGAAAUCUUAUCUAUGUCUCCUGCCUAUUGAUCAACGCUAUUGCCAUCCUCUCUGAGGAUAGGUUUCUUGCCAGGAUCAACUUCUCUCCCUCCUCCUACGACCCAGCCUUCGGCCAAAGCGCAGAUGCCUCCGUCCAAGCCAAGAUCAUGAACCUGAUUGCGAGCGUACGGACGUUGAUGAGGCCCCUCCUGAUUUUGGUCAACACAUUGAUAAUAAUAUACGAGCUGGUGCUUGGCUAAGCAAGGAUCCUUCAGUCGAACAUCGCACCAACGAAGAGAAGGAAGCUGGGUGUCGAAUUGAAGACAGAAAAAUAGAGAGAGAUGCAUAACAGGAUGGUGCAGGGGAAUAGGAAGGUUGAGGAUGGUCAUCGAGCGAAUCAGGCAUCAAGAAAGGACUGGAACAGGAAGCAAAGCAAAGCAUACGAAAAAUACAUUUGGAAGACGGGUUUAGUCACAUGGUUCGGACUACACGGCCUCAGUUGUGGGCUGACAAGAAGAGAAAGAAAGAAAGAAGGGUGAUAACGCAUCGGAAUGAUUAAGAAUUAAUGUAAAGUUGACAUCACCGCUUGGGUCUGAUGGGCGACUAAUGGCUGCAAACUUUCAGACAGGGAAGAGGCGGUUGUGUGAAAUCCCUUGAUGAGAAUUGCGAAGUAGUGUAGAAUCAAAGUCAGUGCCUGUGA